AGUUUAAAACAAUGUAUUCUUUAGGAUUACACAGUUCAAAAUGAAUGGUAUUAUUCUCUUUUUUAUCUGCCUUAUCCCUGUCAACUACGGGUUCUGCUUCCAAUGCUCUCAAUUCUCCGGGUCCACUCCUUGUCCUAAACCCGGAGAUGGAUUUGCCGGAAGGAUACCAGAGAACAGGUUACCUCCUGAUCCCGGAGCAGUCUGUAGUUUAGUCACAUCAAGCUCAGGAGAAGUUUAUCAUCAAGGAACAGUUCCAUAUUCUCUUUGUCUUAGUGAAACCUACAGGAAUAGUAUGGCUCAGAUGAUUGGUAGAGAGAGGUUGCAUCAUGGUGCUCUUGUUUACUGCUGCUUUAAUGCUGGAUGUAACUGGAACUCUAGCACUGCUACAAACAAUAUUCAGGCUUCUAAGCUUCUAUCUGGAUUUGCGUCUGAGAGCUUGGGGGAGAAUAUAUCCCUGGCAGAAACGUCCUUACUCUGGUUGUGCGUCCUACUAAUCCUACUAGUUCUAGCUCUAGUCAUCCUUGCGCUCUUCUACAGAUCUAAACUUGCUCUACAGAACACAGACAAGGACGGACUCAUUCUAGAAAAUGAAGGAUCCCGGGUUUCCACUAUUGAUGAAUCCCGACUCCGAGGAGGGUUUGUUGAACCAGGAUACAGGUAUGAAAGUAUGCGGGACCAGGUUCCGAGUGCACACGGAGAAUAUUUGGAAACUCAACGAGGACGGUCUGAAUGGAGAAGAGAUAGUUUAAGAUCCGGACCAUUUGAGGACGAGAUGUCGAUGCUGAGUCAGGACGAAUAUUUAUCCUCGUCUUCAAGAAUAGAAAACAACUAUGUUCAAUUUCGUCCUCGUCUUCCUCCAGGUCCCCUGGUGGAGAGACGGGUUUCCAACCCAGGAGUAGGAGCAACUAAACCUCAAGGAUCAUCAGAACUCCUGAGACUGGAAUCUAUCCAAUGAAGAGAAAAUAGUGCAAAAAAUGUAUUUUGUAAUAAUGGUAAUUUUCAAGGAAACAAAAAUAAAUUUUGGAGAAACCAAAAAAUCAAAUUUUGAUUAAAAAAUAAUUCUAAUAAAGUUCUAAUUGUUAGUAACCCUCUAUUCUAAUUGGGAUAUGACCGAUUCACGAGAUUACCCAAUUUUUCUGUCUUGAAAAGUGUUUGAUUCUCAUAAUUUCACCCAUGGUUUCUUUGGCAAAAAAUCCGGAAAUAAACCUGUAGAAAGCAGAAACAGGUUUGUUUGAACUGUUGUGAUUGGGAAAGGAGGGUCACCAGAAAUAUUGUCUACAGUCCCUUUAAAUGAACUGUAGGAGGGAUUUCAACGGUAUUAUUUUAACCAUUAUCUGAUCAUCCAUGACGGAAAUAUUCUUAUUUUUCUCACGGAAAAUUAAAAUUUUACAGAACUGCGAUAUUUCAGAAUUAAGCUCCAGUUGCCAAUAAUUCACUUCCUUAACGUAGAGAAAUUUUAAACUAUCCUUAGCAUGCUAUAGAAAUUCCACGAGUCGUUUCUUAGAAAUAAACAGGCAAAUAUAUUUCCAUUUUCACUUCUUUAAUUACAAGGUUUAAAGUGAAUUGUUUUAAAUAAUUAGUUUACUUUAAUUAAUCACUUAAAACUGCGUAGACACUAGACAGUCUCUUUAAAUUUGACAUUUCUUAAACAUAAUUAAAAAAUAAAUAAAAUGAGCAAUUAACAAUUUUACAACUAAGUGACAGGAUUAAAUUUCAAAUUGUAAUACAAGGAUGUCCUAAAUCACAUUGGAUUGUGCAUAGCUUCAUAGGGAUUUAGUUUUUACCACAAACUCUGAUUUUCUUUGUGUCGGAAACCUUUAAUAUUUCAAAUAUG